AUGGCAAUUCAAACAUCAAAGAAAAUUGCUAGUGUGUUGAUUGUUGUAAUCUUAUUUACAAUAACUUUUUCAGCACAAGUCUCUCAUUCUAAAAUGCUAGACGAAGGAUGUGUAAACAACUGUAUUGUGAAUCAAUGCAUGAAAGCAUCAAAGAAGGCGACUCCAGCAGCAUGUGACAAUCCAUGCAAGACAAUAUGUACUAAAGUGGGUAUUAAGAGUUACAUCGUUCCACGAGAUGGUGGCCGUGAUCCAAUAAAAAUAUUCUGCAGGACAUUUACCUGGUUCUGUGACAAUUAA